AUGAUCUGGGGAGGUAACGUACUUACCUACUCUUACACAUAUCUGGUUCACCGUUCACAUUCCCAUCCUGUCGCACACUUCUUCAUCUUCUGCACUUUUGGUACGGAUGACAGCCAUGGGCUUUUAGGACCCACCUUGAUAUCCUUUCAUCGGGCUCCAUUCCGUAAUCUCAAACUACUCUAUUUUUUCCUAGUUUGUUCAGGACUUCAUCUGUGGCGCAAUCCAGAUCAAGUUCAACCCAAGAAUCUCAGCGGAUUUAUACAAAGCUUGAGCGCUCGACUUGGCAGCUCUUUGCUGCUCCUUGAUGCUCUUUUGAUAACCUUGAAGCGGCGCUGA